AUGGACACGCAACUCUUUGACGAGGUUGCCGAGAGGCUCAACUCGUAUAUCGAAGCCAUCCCACCCGGCUUUCCCCAGUACAUCUUCGCUGCCGUCGCUGUUGCCUUCAGUAUCUGUCUCCUGCUGUUGGCGCAGGCAUGGAACGAAGACAAAGCCGUCCCCUACACCGUCCCGCCGCCGAAGAUUCCGGAUGAGCACUCGGUCGUCGAGGAGACCACCAUCAAGAUCUCCGGCACGACCGCAGUUCAAUGCUACGCCCCCGCUACCGGCCAAUUCCUCGGUUUCAUCAACCCCUCUACACCGGCGUCCAUCGACCGCGCUGUCGACGCUGCCCACGCAGCGCAGGCGAAAUGGAAGAAGACGACCUUCCGCGAGCGUCGUCGCGUGCUGCGCACGAUGCUACAACAUGUCCUCGACAAUCAGGAUGCCAUCUGCCGCGCCGCCUGCCUCGACUCCGGCAAGACCAUGGUCGACGCCCAGCUGGGCGAGAUCCUCGUCACCGUCGAGAAGCUUACCUGGACGUUGAAUCAUGGCGAGAAGGUCCUCCGCCCAAGCCCGCGGCCCACAAACCUCCUGAUGGCAUACAAAAAGAACGAGGUGCGGUACGAACCGCUUGGCGUGGUUGGGGCGCUGGUGAGCUGGAACUACCCGUUCCACAACCUCAUUGGGCCCAUCAUUUCGAGUAUCUUUGCUGGAAACGGUGUCCUGGUCAAGGUCUCUGAACAGACAGCGUGGAGCUCGCAAUACUUCACCAGUAUCGCAAGAGGCGCCCUCAUCGCUCACGGACACGACCCCGCCUUGAUCCAGACGGUGGUAUGCUGGCCCCAGACGGCAAACCACAUAACCUCCCACCCCAAGAUCUCUCACCUGACCUUUAUCGGUUCCCGCCCCGUGUGCUUGAAGGUUGCUGCAUCGGCAGCCAAGUCGCUCACGCCUCUCAUUGCCGAGCUUGGCGGCAAGGAUCCUUCUAUUAUUCUCGACUCUGCCGCUAAGGACCUGAACCGCAUUGUUGAGAUUCUUAUGCGCGGAACGUUCCAGGCUUCCGGACAGAACUGUAUUGGCAUCGAGCGAAUCAUUGCUACCCCGAAGCUCUACGAAAAGCUGGUUUCCACACUCGCACCGAAAGUCCAGGCCCUCCGCCUGGGUCCUACUGCAGAUGUCGGAGCCAUGGUCUCGGAUGCUGCCUUUGACCGACUCGAGGCCCUCGUCGACAAGGCAGUCAAGCAGGGUGCUCGUCUCCUGGCCGGCGGUAGGCGCCACAUUCACUCCGAAUAUCCCAAGGGGCACUACUUUACACCAACGCUUCUCGUCGAUGUUACCCCUGACAUGGAGAUCGCCAACGAAGAAUGCUUCGGUCCCGUCAUGACCAUUAUGCGCGCCCCAGGCCCAGAUGCCGAGUCCGUAUUGUCCGUAGCCAACGCCCCAGAUUUUGGUCUUGGUGCUUCCAUCUUCGGCGGCGACAACGACCCCGUGCUUCGCGCCGUCGUCGGUGGCCUCAAGACCGGAAUGGUAGCGGUCAACGACUUUGGCGCAACCUACGCCGUGCAGCUGCCGUUUGGUGGCGUCGGCGGCUCCGGCUACGGACGCUUUGCGGGCGAGGAGGGACUUAGAGGCCUCUGUAACAUCAAGAGCAUCUGUGUAGACCGCUUUGGUUGGCUGGGUGUUCGCACCUCCAUCCCGCCGCCUGUGAAAUAUCCCGUACCGGAUCAGGAGCGUAGUUGGCGAUUCACGAGGGGUGUUGUCAAUGUUGGUUACGCGCAGGGUCUUGUGGGGAAGCUCAAGGGGAUUCUCGACAUUGCGAAGAACGCCUAG